AUGGUGACUCAUACUCCAGAAGCAUGCACCGAUUUGCCAUACUCAUCAAACUCCUCCGACAAUGAGAAAGGUAACGAAACCGACCAGUCGCGACCCGAUGAUACAUCACCAACUCCACCGCCCUUUGAGUUUGACGACCCCAAAGGCUGGAUUGCAGUGGCGGCAGCAGCCUGUUCGCUUUUCUGCUAUCUCGGAGUUAUCUAUUCCUGGGGUAUCAUGCAAGUCAGACUUGUUGAGGUGACUGGAACCAGUUUGACAACCUUGACUUUUGUCGGGUCGCUAGCAACCUCAUUCAUGAUAUCCCUUAGUAUUCUUUCUGGCUUAGCGGUUCGGAAGAUUGGCUACCAAAAGACUGCACUUUCUGGUGGAAUUCUGAUGGGGCUGGGAGAGUCCCUUGCAAGUUGGACAACGAAGCAUAUUGGGGCUCUCUUUGUCUUCCAUGGCGUUAUCUUUGGCAUAGGUGGAGGACUUUCAAUUUUCGCUUGCUCAACUGCCCCACUGAGAUGGUUCAAGCGACACAGAGGUUUAGCGAUGGGCAUUGUAUUCGGAGGGGGAAGUCUUGGAGCAGCUAUCAUGAGCAUUGCAACAAACCUUCUCGUGCAACAGGUGGAUGUAGCUUGGACAUUCCGCAUCCUCGGCUUCAUGCUAUGGUUUGUCUGCAUACCGGCGUCGUACUUCAUCCAGCAACCUUCUGGAGCAGCCAGCGCAGGGUUAAACCUUCAAUGGUAUCGGUUCAAAGAAACACGAUUCCUUCUAGUCAUCGCAGGAACUGCCCUGUCAACCUUUCCACUAUUUAUUCCACCUUACUUCAUUCCCAUCUUCUCCAAAUCCAUGGGCUACUCAAAUCAAAUCGCUAUUGUGAUACUAGCAGCCUGGAACCUUGCCUCGACCAUCGGCAGAGUUUUAGGAGGCUAUACAGCUGACCAUCUGCUUGGUCCAAUCAACAGUCUGAUCGUUUGCCUACUUUUCAUUGGUCUCAGCUCAUUAGUCGUCUGGCCCUUGGCAUCGACAGUAGGUAUCUUCUCUGUCUUCCUCGUCUUCAAUGGCAUUGGCUGCGGUGCCUACUUCAGUCUUGUCCCUCCCAUGUUGGGCGCGACAAUGGGGCCUGAGAAUACGCUCGGUAUCUUACCCAUUGUUUGGACAACUUGGUUCUGUGGCUUCUUCUUCGGUACACCGAUUGCGUCAGGCAUUUAUUCACUGGCCGGAGCACAUGGAGAUGAGGAUGUCUCUGUCUUUCGGCCUGCAGCUUACUAUGCAGGAGCUAUGUCCCUGGUGGGACUCUUAUUCAUCGUCUCAGUUCGCCUCAGCAUCUCCAAAAAGAUGCUCAUUUGUAUCUAG